GGACCAUGAGGAAGCCAGUCAGAACAUGCGACCGCCUCGGGCCGAACGCGAACCCAAAUAGAUCGUCGGCCGUUCGUCGUGGGGCGGCGGAACAACGCUCCUGAUGGGGACGGUAGGUCGAUGGGCGAUGGUCGCGAUCGGGUGGCUGCUGUUGGGCAACGUGCGCGCCGAAGAGCUGGAUUUUUCCACCGUUGAUGUCAGGAAAUUGGCUACGAGGACUUACGGAACAGAGCUUUUUUUGCUGGAAAACGACUAUCGGGAAGGGACGUACAAAUUCGAGGAUUUCUUUUGGACCGGUUCUGGGGAUGGGGGUGAAGACGAGCAGAAUUUUCCAUCCGAGGAAAACCCGAGCACUGUGUACAAGACGAAAACUGUUGUCACCACGGUGUUCCUGGAAUCUUCCCAUACAGUUAACGAGACUGGGAAGAACGGUUCUAAAUGUUCAAUAGACUGCAAUACUGUACCAAGUGUACCUGAUGGUGAGAUUAAACCGAGUCCAACUUUCUCGAACGAUUCCAUCGAUGGGGAUGAUUUCUUCGAUGCCGAUAGACAAUUCUGGUUGUUGACUGUAUUGAAGAGCGACGGGAAAGAUCCGGUUGUCGUCGAUAUCAAAAAUAGCUUAGCUAAAUUGUACAAAACGGCGUUUCAAAGGCAACAGGACAAGCAUCUGGGAAUCACCAGUUCCUCCAGAGAAUCAUCGAGAGGUAAAAGAGAUAUAGAAGAUAAGCAGGUGAAUGUUUAUAUUCACAGAGUCAAUAAAUCGAAGCUAAAUGGCGAUGAAAAUAUCGAAGUGGUUUAUCAUGUAUCCGUCGAUGGAAAACCAGUAUCUGCCAUAGUCGCCGCAAAAGAUAUGAGCCUAGUUUCCGACGAUGAAGUCAGGAAAGAACUGGGAUUUCCUUUUUCAGUUAAAGCUGAACCCUAUUUGAAGCCCAGCGAACCGCAAAGCCUGUCCAGCGCCAAAAACACUUGGCUCUUCAUCGGCGUAUCCAUCGUAGCCUUCCUAAUCUUCCUUUUGAUAUUGGCGUUCAUCUUGGGCUGCACGAAGAAGAAGAAAGUGGGCACGCCGACGGGCAUGGGAGUGGAAAAUCGACAGAGCGUCUUCGAAAGAGGCGCCGGCCACGAUAACAAAGCCUUCUCCAGAGACACCGCCAGAAGGGAUUCACCGACUUACGUAAAAUACGAAGGAACUUCGACUUUGCCCAGGACGGUCGGCAGGCCGGCGAGUUCGAUAAGCUCGGUAUCCACGAGUUCCGGUAGCUUGGAUAUAUCUCCACUUAUGGUGGUGAAGAAACACCCUCCGAAGAAGCCGCCCAGACCGAGGGCUGCGUUAAACAGGACUGUUCCUGUGGAGGUGCAAAGAUUACCUCCAGAGAUUUUCGACUCGGACAGCAGUAGGAAGGAGUCUCCUGACACCGCCUGCGAGGGUAACAUAGCCAGUCCCGGUUCGUAUUUAUCCAUGCCCUCAGUGAGGUCUUUUCCAAGAGGUAGCAUUCCCGAGCCUCUCAGUAAGGUAUUGGAGCCAGUUAGCGUGCACCAUUUAGAUCUUCCCGACGAUGAAAUGAGAAACGACGUUAACAGAAGGGAGAUCUACAAGAGGCUGGGCUUGGUGCGUCACGGUAGCUUAGGAGCGGGAGAAGAUCCAGGCGUUUUGGGCCCAGUCGUGUGGAGCAUCCACAAAAACCGAAUGCAGCACGGCGUCAGCGUCGACGAAGGCAUCAACGAUAUCAACGUACCAACCAAUCUGACUAAAAUGCGAAAGAGAUUCCACGAUCUGCUCGACGACACGUUCAGCCUGUUCGGCAGCAGGCGCACCAGCCCGGUGGAGGACACGCGACCAGACCCUAGGCACGUACAACCGCACGUAAAAAGCCGUUCAGCCAUCGACAGGUCGAGCGACAACCUGCGAGCGCCGACGCCGAAGCCGCGGCCCCGCACGACGGACCUGCGGAAGGUGGAGCAGCCGCCGGGCAACGCGCCGAGAGGCGCCUGGUCCAGCACGGCGCCCUCGCCGCUCGUCAGGCCGCUCAGCGCCGGUGUUAUCAACCCCUAUCCUCGGGUCAACGUGGACCAAGUGCUGGCCGAAGGGGCCUUCAGGCCCAACGAUCCCGCGGUGACGCUCAUCGCCACCAUCAAGUCCGAAAUCGAGAAGAUAUCGCUGCCCGGAAGCACCGCGGAGUUGAACAAUUGAUUUGAACUGUUUGAAGGUAGCUUUCGUAGAGCGUUUAGGUGUGUUUGUUUUAGAUGGAAAUUUCGGUGAUGUUGAAGAUGUGAAUUGUUUUGUUGAGUGCUCCAAGGAGGAAUUUCGUAUAUUCGUUGAAUUUUUGAUAAUUCUGAAGUUUUUUGGAAGAUUGAAUUAGAAAUUUUUGCACGUGGCUGACAGUCGUAGAUUUUUUAUCUAUUCUUUACUAGUUAAGUUUUGAAAUUUAACAAAAUUUUAAAGAAAAAUUGAAAUAUUGUGUUGAGUGGCUAUGUUUAAUUAGUUGUUAUUUGCAUUUUUUGAUUCGAAAAUAUUGUUUAUUAAUCGGUUGACUGUAUUUUCAGUUUUA